UUUAGAAUUUGGUUCAAGUAGGAUUGCUUUCUGCGGAAAAUACAUGUGAUCUUCACAGUUUGAACGAGAUUGUUUUGUGUGGAGGAUACAUGUGAUCUUGUACCAAAAAACAUAAUGCUAAGCUUGGAAUUUGGUUCUGCAUAGUUCAUGUUGUUGAUAAAUAUUUCCAGAUUAUAGGCCUGUUUAGUGUUUAGUGUUUACAUUGAUUUAUAAUGUUAAAGACGGUUGUGUCUUGUGCCCUUGUUGACUUCGUUAUAUCGCUGUUUCUUUACCUGGUGUUGCAAUGUUGCUACUGUUUUCAUUUGAUUGCAUUUUCCUCUCAAUGGAAACUGUUCAUUUUUCGACUAAUUGUGGCAGCAAAUGUGUAAAACGCCUAAUGAAGUGAAGGCUUCUUCUUGUUUGAAGGUUUUCUUUAAUUUAAUGUCUUUCUGCUUUUCGUACAGUGACAUUGAAAUGGAAAAUUGUAUUCCUGCUGGAAGUGGUGCACCGCAGCAUUAUAGAGUGACAAACUACAAGGGACAAAGCCGUAGAACUGCUUGGGUUUCUGAUGUGCCUAUUGGAAGAUUCUUACAAAAAGAUCUUUCAUGGUCUAAAGCAGUAUCCAAGGUCCUGCAGAUACGCAGAUGUGGACUUUCUGCACCUCCCCUUCAUAAGAAUGGGAAGCUCUUCAAAGUCAUUUCCUCUCGGAUGAAAGAUAAUCCCACAAAAUACUUUGACUUUACAGUCAUUGGGAGUGGAAUUGCUGGCCUCCGCUAUGCACUUGAAGUUGCUAAAUAUGGAUCUGUUGCAGUGAUAACCAAGGCUGAGUCUCAUGAAUGCAAUACUAAUUAUGCUCAAGGCGGUGUUAGUGCUGUGUUAUGCCCUUCAGAUUCUGUAGAGAGUCACAUGAAGGACACCAUUGUGGCUGGGGCAUAUCUUUGUGAUGAGGAAAGCGUUCGGGUUGUCUGCACCGAAGGACCUGAAAGAGUCAGAGAACUAAUUGCUAUGGGUGCAUCAUUUGAUCAUGGGGAAGAUGGAAAUCUGCAUCUAAUGAGGGAGGGGGGUCAUUCACAUCAUAGAAUAGUUCAUGCUGCUGAUAUGACUGGAAAAGAGAUUGAACGGGCUCUACUCAAGGCAGUUGUCAACAAUCCUAAUAUUUUUGUGUUUGAACAUCAUUUUGCUAUAGAUCUUCUCACUUGUCAGGAUGAAUCUGAUAUAGUUUGUCUUGGUGUUGACACACUGAAUACUAAAACCCUAGAGGUGAUAAGAUUUCUUUCAAAGGUGACUUUACUUGCGUCAGGUGGAGCUGGACAUAUUUAUCCUAAAACUACAAAUCCUCUGGUAGCCACUGGAGAUGGGAUUGCCAUGGCACACCGAGCUCAAGCUGUGAUUUCGAACAUGGAGUUUGUGCAGUUCCAUCCAACUGCCUUAGCUGAUGAAGGGCUUCCUAUUAAACCAACCAAGCCCAGGGAAAAUGCGUUUCUGAUAUCUGAAGCUGUCAGAGGUGAUGGGGGCAUCCUUUAUAAUUUAGGCAUGGAAAGGUUCAUGCCCUUGUAUGAUGAGAGGGCAGAGCUUGCUCCAAGGGAUGUGGUGGCAAGAAGUAUAGAUGACCAACUCAAAAAGCGCAAUGAGAAGUUUGUGCUCCUCGAUAUAAGUCACAAGCCCAAGGAGUCGAUUCUCUCUCAUUUUCCCAACAUUGCUUCCAUGUGUCUCCAGCAUGGUUUGGACAUAACUCGUCGUCCAAUCCCGGUUGUUCCAGCUGCUCAUUACAUGUGUGGAGGAGUUCAAGCCGGUCUUGAAGGAGAGACCAACGUUCAGGGUCUGUAUGUAGCUGGUGAGGUAGCAUGCACAGGUUUGCAUGGAGCAAACAGACUUGCCAGCAACUCAUUGCUUGAGGCACUGGUUUUUGCAAGAAGAGCUGUGCAACCCUCAGUUGAUUGCAUGAAGAGCUCUAGCCUUGAUCUGACUGCAUCAAAUUUGUGGCCUAGACCUGUAGUGCCUUUUUCACUUGGAAGUAAUGACACGGACAAGGUUCUGUCAAUGACAAAGGAAUUGAGGACAGAACUGCAAUCCACCAUGUGGAACUAUGUAGGAAUUGUUCGGUCCACAAUGAGGCUAGAGACUGCAGAACGAAAAAUUGGUAACUUAGAGGCUAAAUGGGAAGAGUUCUUGUUUCAGCAUGGAUGGAAGCCAACAAUGGUGGGGCCUGAGAUCUGUGAGAUGAGAAAUCUCUUCUGUUGUGCAAAGCUGGUGGUCAGCAGUGCCCUUUCUAGGCAUGAGAGCCGAGGACUACAUUACACCAUCGAUUUUCCUCAUCUUGAGGAAAGCAAAAGACUUCCAACAAUCAUUUUUCCAAGUUCAUCUGUAAACAGUACAUGGAGUUCCCGACAAUUACACAAGCAGCCCAUGUACCAGUAAGGCAUCAAUUUGUUUCACAAUAUAUAAAUAAGUAGAUCUAAUUGAAAUCUAGUGAAAUAAGAACUUGAAGUUAAUGCUCAUCAGCUAGAAUCUAAUGUCUUCUCUCCCCCUUAUAGUUUUCUGAUUAUUUUUACUUCAUUCGCUGUUUAAGUAAAGCAGGGAGUAUAUUCCAUAUGUAGGUUAUUUGGGUCAAUCUCGAUCACAUGUAUCAAUUUGACACUGCAAUCAAAUCUCUGAUUUUGAUUACUU